UUUUUAUCGCAAAUUUAAUAAUAAUUUUAAUUAUUUGUUUUAAUAAAAUUUUUAAUUUUAUAAAAUGAAUAUUGAUAAAUGUUGGCUUUGCUCCAGUAAUAUCUAUCCAGGCCAUGGGAUAGUAUUUGUGAGGAAUGAUUCUAAGAUUUUUCGGUUUUGUAGGAGCAAAUGCCACAGACAUUUUAAAGCUAAACAUAACCCUAGAAAGAUUAAAUGGACUAAAGCAUACAGAAGACUUCAAGGAAAGGAAUUGCGUAAUGAUGAGAAUUUGGAGAUGGAGUUGAGGAAGAACAGGCCAGUGAGAUAUGACAGAGAUUUAUACAUAAAAGCUAUUAAAGCUAUAAAACAAACUGAACGAGUUGAAUACUUGAGGAAAAUGUUACUAUAUAAAGAACGAAGAAGGAAUUUGGUUACUAAAAAGUUAUCACUAGCUCAAAAAGAACUUGAAAAACAUAAAGAUAUUCUUCCAAUACCACUCGAACAACUUGAUAUACAACAACUCAAACUACUCAAUACCAAACCAAAAUCAACAGCCCAUAUUAAGGUUACGGAACAAACCAAGCUCAAUACUAAAUCAAACACUAAGCGGAAUAUAAAAGAUGAAAAUAAAAUGGAUCUUGAUUAAACAAUAAUUAAUAUUAUUUCCACAAUA